AUGUCAGAACUUCCCAAAAGUGAAAAUCAAGAAAAACUCAUUGAUUUUAGCGAAUUAAAUAUUCUAGAGACACUUGAUGAGGGUGCAUAUGGACAAAUAUCCAAAGCAGUAUGGAGAAAUGAUAUAGUUGCUCUCAAAAAAUUAAAAUCAAGUCGAGAAGAAAAGCAUAUUAUCAAUGAGCACCCCUGA